CCCAAACAACAAACCGUUAAGCUCCGCGAGAAUCAGUUAAUUAAGCACAAGACAAAGAAACAAAGGAAGAAGAAGAGUGGUCGGAGCCGAUGGCCGUAGCUUCCUCGUUCCUUCACCAGGUUCACCCACUUCGCCAAACCUCAUUCCCGAAAUGCCCAUACUUUCCUCCUCACGAUUCCCAACUCCGUCCUCGCCUCCGGUUCCCUUCUUCCACCAUUCGCGCCAGCUCUGUGGUUGCUCUAGAACCGGAGUUAGGAACUCAGCAGAAUCAGAAAUCGGAAGUAGAGUUAUUUGCAUGCCCAGUAUGUUAUGAACCACUGAUAAGAAAAGGCCCUCCAGGUAUUAACUUACCAGCAAUUUACAGGUCUGGUUUCAUGUGUAAAAGAUGCAGUAAGUCAUACUCCAGCAAAGACAUCUAUCUGGAUCUCACAGUUACUGCUGGUUCAAGGGAAUAUGUUGAAGUCAAACCCACUGGGACUGAGCUGUUCCGGAGUCCACUUGUUUCAUUCUUGUAUGAAAGAGGCUGGCGUCAGAAUUUUAACCGAAGUGGCUUCCCUGGGCCUGAUGAAGAGUUCAAAAUGGCGCAGGAGUACUUUAAAUCUGCUGAAGGUGGUCUUCUGGUAGAUGUUAGCUGCGGGAGUGGUUUGUUUUCCAGAAAGUUUGCCAAAUCUGGGACCUAUUCUGGAGUUAUUGCACUUGAUUUUUCUGAAAAUAUGCUUCGCCAGUGUUAUAAUUUCAUCAAGAGUGAUAGCACUCUUUUAACUACUAAUCUUGCUCUUGUAAGGGCAGAUGUCUCUAGGCUUCCAUUUUCAUCAGGAUCAGUUGCUGCUGUUCAUGCUGGAGCAGCUUUGCAUUGCUGGCCGUCUCCUUCCAAUGCUGUUGCUGAAAUCACUCGUAUAUUGCGAAGUGGUGGAGUCUUUGUAGGAACGACAUUUUUGCUAUACAAUUCAUCUACUCCCUGGAUAUUGCGCUCUCUUAGGCAGAGGAGUCUGCAGAACUAUAAUUACUUGACAGAGGAAGAGAUCAAGGACUUAUGCACAUCAUGUGGCCUCACCAACUACUCAAGCAAAGUUCAGCAAUCUUUCAUCAUGUUUUCUGCUCAGAAGCCUUAAAACUAGGCCCGGAAAGGUUAUGACAUGGGGAAGAUGUGAAGUAUUACAGCUGUUUAGUGCCUGAUUUAGAAAAAAAGAAAAGUGAUAAUGGUCUGGUUAGUUGUCUGUAGUGGCCAAAUAACAGCCAUUCUAAUGGAAUAUUGUAUUGAUUACAGUUUGAAAUAGUGAUGAACCUGAGGUACAGAGUUGAUAAACCAGUAUAUUAAUUCCCUUCCUUACAAUGAGCAAACCAGUGGGCAGAUUGGAAAAUUGGGUUCAUCUUUGUGUUGAUAAGCAGACAAAACUAACCCGUUCUCUACUAGACUGAUCCCAAAAUGAAUACCUAGGUUCAUGACAUUGAAUCUUUCCCUCUAUACUUGGAUCAACCAUUUCUGCAUAAUCUUUCAAGUUUGCACUGGUUCUUGUAUUGGCUAUUAAGUUUUUCAAGUGCAUCUGACAUGUUUCCAUAUUGAAUGCCA